UAAUAUGCUUACUUUUUAUUUCGCUAGACAUUUAUGAUGAUAUAUAUCUGAAAGCUUUUGUCGUAUAGCUUGCUUAUUUACAUUAUCUUUCAAGUCGUAUACAGUCUACUUAGAAGGAAAACUUCAAGAAGUAUACCAUGGUGAAAUCAAAAGCGUCAGCAGCGCAUACUGAUAAGCAUAAUAGCAUGACUUCAGAUAUUAGUUAUAAUAACUCCAAUAUACGCAGAACAGAAAGUGCUGUGUUCAUUGAUGAAGUAUUGCGUCAUGUUGCAACUAAACAGCUUCUAUUCUUAGAAACCCAUGUCUGUACAAUAUACCGAGUGGUAGAGAAAAAUGCAGCCGGUUUUCAAGAAAACAAAGCUUUACGUUACCUCAACAAGUAUCACAAGAAAAGACAGGCUCAUUGUAAUGCAUGUUUGUUAGAAGAUCGACUCUGUUUGCAGCGUAUUAAAUCAUCUGGAAAAGUACCUUUUCGUCCGUGGGUUUCUUACAAAGAUAUAAUGAACUUCUUCAAAAGCACUGGCAGACCUGAAUUCUUUGUUUUAUAUGUCUGUUCAAAUCAAAAAUAUGUGAAUUAUUAUGAAAUAUAUAAGUGUAAAACGUCAGAUAAUGUCAAAAGAAUUGAAGACCUACUAAUGAAAGCAUUUAGUGAUCCGGAUAAAAUACUUCGAGAUGUCAAUGCUUUGAAAUAUGUUACAUUACCCUCUCAACCAGCAAGAGAAGUAAACUUGGAAGAUGUCCAGGUAGCGGUACAGGGUAGUAAUGACGUCUUUGAAGUUAAUGGUACAAAAGAUUCCAUAAAUUCUGAAGAAAAAGUUCCAGAAGUAGAAACCAGUCCAUUACUGAAGAGAAAAGAACCAGUAUUAGCAGCUCACAAUGUAGUUACCAGUCCAACACCACAUCGAAUGAGCCUAAUAUCAAAAUUGCAAACAUCUCAAGUCAAUCCACCUUCACUUCCCCAUUCGCCAGUAUUAAUGCAGAAAGUUUCCUCUGAGGCAUAUGAGGACGAUUUCCAAGUUGUACCCCUAAGCCGUGUAGAAGAGAAUUAUUUUGAUGAACCAUCCCCUGUUUUACUUUCAUUUUCUCGUUACUCUGCUACAGUAAGUCCUGAAGUUGAAAUGGAGACUUCUAUCUCCGAUAUCUUGGAUAAUGUAUCAUUUAUUGAUUUUGAUCCCCAUGAAGGGCUGUUCCCCUGCAAUAAAGGACCUAUCUAUAUGUUUCUUGCGCGUCAAGAAUUCCACUUGAAUAAUGCAGCAAGAAGAGGUGAAAGUCCUGUAGAAAGGAGACGAAAAUAUAAACAUUAGCCAACAUCAGAAGUGAAGAUAACAUCAAAUGUAAACCAUUACAGAUAUUUAAGAAAGUAAUUAAGUACUUUCCAGUUGCUACUUGGAAAACCACUGAAUGCUUUAUUAACUGAUUUACAUUUCAUUCAUGUAUACAGUAGUGAGUACUAAUCCGGUUAAUUCAAUAAAUCUUACUCUGGAUUUUUUGAAGUCGCGAUCAGCAUUACAAUAUAAUUUUGCAUGAUGAAUGUAAAGUGAGGUCGUUACGGUUUUACUUCUGUUUGUGAUACUGUUUAUGAUCAUUCCCAUUCGCUUUAAAAACUGACACAAUAUAAGUCAUUUAAAUACUGUUUUUCAAAGUAAAAAAAUGCACUUACAUACCUGCAACCAGAAAAAAUCUCCUGAUCAUUUAUUCUAUGAAUAUGUUAUUAAUUUAUAAUAAAAGUUAACGAAG